AUGGACCGUUUUGGGAUUUGCGUCACUCUGGUUUUCACUAUCGCCAUCAGCGGCAACGUGACCAACUACUUGCAACACGCCAGCACCAAGUACCACUGGAAGUACGACUUCCAUUUGGUGUCGUACGCCGCUACCACGAUUUGUUUGUACGUGUUGCUAUUGCCUAGUAUUUUGUGGAUGGUGUUGAGGUACACGAUAAUUUCGAGUGAUGUUGAGGAGCUGGAGCAAGACAGGGAUGUUACUCCAGGGGCAUUGGAGUUGAUUUGUAUUUAUGGGUAUUCGUUGUUCAUUUAUAUUCCGGCCGCCAUUUUGUGGUCGAUUCAGAUUAACUUGCUGCAAUGGUUGCUGGUACUUGUAGCAACGUUUGUUUCGGGAUCAGUGUUGCUUUUGACGUUGAUGCCCGCUUUGAGGUUGUCACGUCACAAGUGGCUGCUGGUUUUCGGUAUUAUUGGCUGUCAUUUGUUGCUAGCAGCUGGAUUUAUGUUGUACUUCUUUCACGUUCCAAAUACGGUGCCAGUUAAAAUAAUUGUUCCAGAUUUGAGCACUGUUAAACCUGCAGUGGUUAAACUGGUUGAUAAGGUUGUUAAUGGGAGUAGCAAUUCUCAUUGA